AUGAGAUUGAGGAGCAUAAAUGGACUGCGGUGCAAGCAGUUUAAGCUCGUCCUUCUUGCUUUCUUCAUAAUGUUUAUUCUCUGGAAAUGGGAGGAAGGAACAUACUACAAUACUGAAGAUAUCCACCCAGAUUCAUUGGUUGUGUCUCAUCCAGCUAACUCAAAGUUUGUAGAUCAGCGUACAUCUUCAGAUGAAGACUUCCCAAGUGUAGAUUCAUUGCCACAGCCAGUAGUUAAAGUAGGAAAGCAAGUUACCGGUGCACCACCACCAGUGCCACUUGUCGGUGUUCCUGCUAUUGUGGGAGGUGAACAGGGGGCAUCGCCUUCUAAGUCGAAAGAAUGUAACCACAGAAAUGGAAGAUGGGUUCCUGACAAGCGCAGACCACUCUACUCUGGUUUUGGCUGUAAACAGUGGCUUUCUGAGAGCUGGUCCUGCAGAUUGACUCAGCGCACUGAUUUUGAUUACGAACAAUUUAGAUGGCAACCUGAAGCUUGUGAUAUGCCAGAGUUUGAGGCCUCUCAGUUCUUGAUGAGGGCAAAACCAUUGCUUAUGUCGGCGAUUCUUUAG